AUGUCUCUGCCCUCGUCGCCUGUACCAUCUCCUGAUUCUAUCAAUGCUCGUUUGCCAUCGAGCCUUUUUUCUACACCUGUGCCAUCUCGCACAAACACGCCUGUUCCAAAUGCGCCUGAUCAUGAAUUGUUCACGUCGUUGCCCCCGCUGUACAGGUCACUUAUCAGCUCUUUGAAGUCUCCCACGGCUGCGGAUGCUGAAUUAUUGUUGAGCAUCCCCAUGAACAAUAACCCUCGCCCACUUCGUUCAGUUUUCAACGAUAACACUGACUACUGGGUCGGUGCUGACGACAACGUGCUCCGCUUGACAUUUCCAGCAAAAUUGCACCUCGAGGGGCGCUAUAACAAAUCUGGCGAAUACUUCAACCUUCCGGACACAGGUCUCGACCUUGGAGACAUUAAGAACGCGAAGAUCCAGUUCGAGGUGCUCCCUCUUGAUGAUAAAGAGAAGGACUGUCCAGCGUCAGCAGUUGGGUGCUCCCAGUUUGCGAUGAAACUUCUUUUCACUCUCCAUUCUGAGGUGGAGGAAGCCCGAAAUGCAUCAUGCAAAGAUGCUAGUGCAGUUCCUUCCAACGUGCCUUUUUGGUGCACGUAUAAGGAAGACGACAAGUACAGCCUAGUUGUUACGGCUGGAGCCAUCUUUCGCGAUGUCCCCGAUAUGAAAACUGCAACGGCUCCCCGCUUGUCUCGAGCAGAGGCCGCUGAUUGUCCAGGAUUGAUGAGUCCGAGUAAAGUCAGGGCAUCUGCCAAAAAAUACACUCAAGUCCUUGGCGAAAACAAAGGGAAGAAGUCCGGAAAUCGCUGGUGGCGCAUUUGUGACCUUGAGGAUUCCAAGGGCCGUUACUCUGCUUUAUUGAACACUUAUGAUCUGCGUGGCACAAGGGUUCAGUCUCCUGACGUCCAUGACGAGCACGGCGUCCAAAUUCAUGUCAGUGAAUAUAAGACAAAGCUUAUGGAGGGCGCAAUUGUGGAGUUGGAGGUCAUUCUGAAGCUCUGGACCAUUAAACCCUGUAGCAACAAUGCUUCCAACCCUCGCGAUGCAAACGGCUCCCACGUUUAUCAGAUGAUGCUACAGCAUAUGCAGCUGCUGCCAUGUGAGAAGUACAUGCAGGCUGCCUUCAUCAACUCGAUCAAAGAUGGUAAAAGGAAGGCUACCGAUGAGGCAUCAGAGGCAAUGGAAGGAAGGUACUUCUGGAUAGUGCAAGUGAUCCCACCAACUUCCCCCAACUCUCAUCAAUCACAAAAGUCUUCCCGCCUAAUACCAGCACGCGCUCAGGUCCCCAACGCCCAGUCCAGAAGUGCUACUCCCUCUCGACCUCCUUUCUCUUGGAGACAUCCUUGGAGAAUAAUCUUACUCGACGUGAUGCGUGCACAAUAUAUCCGAAUUGAUCAGGAAUACGCUAUCAAGAUCCUUGACAAGAAUCAUCUCAUUCGAAAGAACAAAAUGCUCGUUACCCUCGCAGAGAAGGACAUCCUCGUCAAACUGGGUAACGAGUGGAGCCUAUGCACAGGCUCCAGCUCUUCUGAUGGGAGCCCCGUCAUCGAUCCGGUGGCAGCAGAUUUUGACGUUAAGAUGAGAAUUGACUUAGAUACCGAGAAAAAGCUGGAACCAAGCUUAUCGGUAAUGGGUCACCGGUCAUGUCCGAGUGCAGAUUGGCCGAGCCUUCUCUUACCAUCCGAAUGUGUCUAUCCACGCAUUAAGGUUCAGUCACCGAAGCAUCAUGGUAGUAAACUAGGUCCCCCGAUCAGCACAAGUCUCACGAAGAUGAAGACGCGACAGCUGGUGCUUACGAAUAUACGGCUGUUAUGCGUGAAGCAGAAGGAAGGUGGUCAAACCUACAGUGCAGAGACGAGCGCUGUAUCCACGGUAAGGGUGGAGAAGGCUCUUGUACAUUCGGCGCAUCUCCAGACAUGGGCUCAGGCAUGGAGACCGGAAUCAAAAUGUAAUACCACACCAUCUUCAUGCGCAUCUAUGAGCUGGGGUUAUUAUGCUUUUUAUCUUAACCUGGGUGAAUUCGCGCGCGACUCGGGGUACUAAUCUAUGUAGCAAUUGGCAGUGGCAUUGGUAUACGCGUUGCGCACAUGUACAAUUUGUAUUACUUGAAUCCGUUGCUGGCAGCAGUGCUUGUUGUACUCUUUUCGGCCACAACUUAGAUCCGGGUGCUUUGGUGCGUACUAUAUCCUCGAUCGUUGUGUACUCGUCGAUCUAGGCUCUUUACUGACCUAGUAUGUAUUAGGAGGUCGUUGAUUGAAA